CACGAGCUGCUUUUGUCCCCGGAUUGAACUGUCAUGGCUGCCGCGCGCUGUUGACGGACUCUGGUUGGACGGGAGGCGGAAAAGCGCUGGCUCUGUACAUCCAAUAUGAAUGGGGUCAAUGCCAACCCUGACGCUCAGGUUGGGAAUGAAGAGAGGGGCAUUUGGCAUAAACGCCUGCGUCUCAGGAAGACCUCCUAUUCAUUCCCUACUGAACGAAACACUGUGAAACAGGAGAGGAAUGUUACAGCACAUGGAUGGAAAGUAAAAGGGAAGUCCAAGAAGCGACCUCAAAGUCUUCAGGCGGUGAACACCUUCACCUGCUCCUCGUGCAACGACGGCAUCUCCUUCAGACCCGGCGAAUUAACAAUGCAUUUUAAGAUCGUCCACGGAGGGAAAGGAAGCCCACCGGUGUUUCCGUGCGACAUGUGUGGUUUCUCCUCGCCGGUGUUCACUACUCUUCAGCAGCACCGAAUGCAACACGAGGAUUGUUUGUUCGCUUGUGAGAUUUGUGAUGACAACGUCCAGCGAACUCUUCCCCAACUGACCAAACAUUGUCAAACUCACCAUGCUCUAAACGCACAAUUCUACUGUCUGAAAUGCAAACUCUCCUUCCAGGAGAUUAAGCAGUUUGUGUGUCACUCGUGUUGCAUUACUGAUGGCAAUGCACAGAAAAACGAUCUCUUAAAGCACAUGGCUGCUGCGUGCCGUCAAAGGUGGAGCCGAAGAAAUUGGUGGAGAAAGCGGGCAGCUGUUAAGCAAGACAGUAAGCUGUCUCGAGAGUUCAAGUACUUACUUCCAAAACCAGAACCCCAAUGGACAUCCCCAUUGCUCCCGUUCUCCACACCCGGUCUACUGGACGACCACGGUGUCUUGCUGGAUCCAGAGAAGACCUUGGAGGAAACGCAGCAGUUUCUCGAAAGGACUGUUUGUAGUGGUAAAAACUGGCCUGCAUCUCUCAAAGGCGAGCAAGAGUUUGUUUCUCACACGCCAACAGCACCCCAUCCGUCACAAGCAAAUGCAAAGCGGUGUACCGCGCCACACACUGGAAAAGAUAAGCUAAGCGGACUCAUGGAGAAGAACAAUAUAUCUGUUCCCCCAGAUUGCACUACAAAAGUGGUCGGGUUCAAGAUGGUGGACGGCAAAAAGCAUUUAGUUCUCAAAGUCAUUCCUUCAAACAAGCGAGACGUUUCGAAGGAUGCUCACACUGUGAAACCUGUCAAUCAGCAAGACGAAUCCAAUGAUAAUCCAACUGUUAAUGCCUCAGGAAACUGUUCUCAGGUGACGCCUAGAAGGUCUUCGUCCCAAAGAAAGAAGCAGGAACGAUGUGUAGCUCAGCAGGGCAUUUUGUCUUCAGUGGUUGAGAGGAUAAAAAGCCAACAAAAUGAUGGAUGCAACAAUCAGGAACAUGCAACUAUUCAUUUCAGUGCAUGCAACACCUUCAACCAUAAUUCCGAUAUUCAAAGUCCCCGUGCAAAAAGAGCAAAUGACUGCCAAGACAAAGCCUUCAGUGAAUCCGAGGAAAACUUUGCCGCAUGCCAAGGAGAUUCAGGUUGUCAUAGCGAUCUGACCUCAGAUACAGGUUCUUUGGAAGAAAGGUGUAGUUCACGACUCCUUACAACUGCGUUUGAUGAAGAACCCAGUCUUGCACUAGAUUCAAACUUCAUUCGCCAUCAGCCGAAAGCAUGCUCCAUCUCUGGGUUUGAUUACAUGAGUCCGUCCUCUGGAUUUCCCCUGAAGGAUCUGCCUGAGUCUUUGUGUCAAAGUGAAGAUGGGGGCCUGUUAUUCCAUGGCAAUGCUGACGAGUGCACAAACAACAUGGACCCCAGAGAUUCUCUGGUCCCGGUGGGUCAGCGCGACUGUGAGAGCGAAAGCCGCAGUGCUCCAGACCUGCUUCACACGGUGGAUGAGCUGCCUUUAACAACAGUCAACCAUUUGCUGGAUGAGGCGAGAGCGGAUGGGACGUUAUCGCCACACGCCAGCUCUGAUGAACCUCUGAAAGAUUUAACACACGCUGGAGACAUGGUUCCCAUAGUCAUGGAAAAUUUUAGGAGAGAAUGGCCAAACGGGACCGUUAAAGAAAGGUUCAGCUUGAAACUGAGGCUCAAACGAGUGUGUGGAAGAAAGUACACCGUAGUACCGACAGUGUCGGAGAGCAUCGUGCUGCAGCCGACGUUUAGAUGCUGGUUUUGCGGGCGGCUUUUCACAAACCAAGAAGCCUGGGUGGGUCACGGACAGAGACAUCUAAUGGAAGCAACCAGAGGCUGGAACCAGCUCUUCAACAGAUAGAAAUGCGUUCAUUUCCCCGCAUUAGCCAUUUUUAAGAAGUGCUGUGAAGAAUCAGGGUUGCUAUGCAAAUCUCAGGGUGAGAGAAAUACAGUUGCGAUCCAAAUCUGUUUCAUUCUUUGUAGUGAUAAACCCUUCUCGGGCGAUUGAAUAUUUAUGAUGACACGAGCAAGCAAUAUUUAUUUUGUUCCACAAUGUGAGAUCUAAUAGAUGACAAAUCACUGUGUUUUGAUACGGUCAGACCAAAUCCUUCUCGCACGAUACUGUGAUAGAUCAGGUUUUGUGAGAUUAUUGCAGAGACCUCAGGUAAUAUUGUCAUAUUCCACUCUGUUAGCUUAAUACUAAUAGAAGAAGUGUGUUGACCUUCACGUCACGCUGAACAACGAGUGAUUGAGCAGUAAGACAUCGGUUUGUCUUAAUACUUUAUGUAGCUUUGCAUUAUUUUAUUGUUUUAUUUUUGACGUUUAAAACUGUCAUUUAACCAUUACUGCUUUACUAAUCAUCUUUCAGAAGACUGAAAAAUGUUCACAGGACUUGUUGAUUCUGUUUGUAGGAGGCUACGGAUCUGGUUUAGCUUCCUCUGUUUGUCAUGUUGCCGGUAUAUUUAGCAUUAGUUUCAAACUACACCUGUAUGCGAGAGCAUAUGUUGACGCAGCAUUGGUGAAGCAUCACUGAAAUAAUGUUUUAUAUUUAUGUGAAUGGUCUAUAUUUAUUUUUCAGCGUGCAGUCGGCUGAUAAGUUACAUGGGUUUGAUUAAGGGUUUAAUCAAGAGUUUAAAUUAAUUACCUUACAUUUAUUAAAUUGUUAAUGUAUUAUUCAUGGAUAAAGAAUGUUGCAACUGUGAUGUUUUUGGUAUCAGUAGUCAAAAUUUUCCAAGAAAUAUUUUUAUUCUCAUUUAUGAAGCCAAAGGUUUUUUAGGAUCAGUGUAACCUGAUCAGAAUAAUAAUUCCUUGAGUUAAUUUUCACCAGGCAAACCUUUGAUUGCACUGCGAAUCAGGCACUUAAUAGUGGUGUGAAUUUCUGUAAAAGUCUGAAGAUGGUCUGUGAUCCACUUCACUUGAAAACCAAGCGUGUCUCUUAUGUUUCUGUAGAAGUUUAAACACUGGUUAAAGCACUAGUGUUGCACUAACAGCUGUGAAUGACACCUUGCAUUGCUGUAUUGUAGAAGUGCCUCUACAAAAAACCCCUC